AGGUGGGCGCUGGGCGCUCUGCCCAGCAUUGGGCCUGAUCGUCGUCCCCGGCUGCGCAAGCGGUGCUGAUUAGCGCCCACAGCGGGAUCGUAGCUCCCCGCCGGGAUCUCGAGGGAACCUGUGGGACUUUCUCACCUCUAUGCGCGAUGCGGCACCGCUUCCCUUUUCCUAGACGGACAUUCAUCGUCGGCCGCUCGCCACGUUGUCUGUCCUGUAACACAGCGCCCUUACACGCAAUGCAAAUAAUCAGUCAUCCACGGAUGGCAUCCUUUGGUUCUUCAGAAUAAGCGCCUAUUGUUACGAAAAGGACGGGGCUGUCGUGCAGGGAGUCAGGGGUUUGUUUUACCGCACAUUCCGCAACGCAUAUAAAGGCAAGCGAAACCGUCCUGCACGUCCCACCCCCUCCCCUCCCCUUUCCCUCUCUUCGCCUACGCUCUCAUGGCGAAGACACUCCUCUCCGCAUCGCUGGCCGCCGCUUUCAUUGGCCUAGCCGGUGCCGCCAAGGUCAACUCGACCAUCGAGUGGACUUCGUGCUCCGAUUGGAAUAAGGCUUUCGGCAACUACAGCGACUCUUUCCAGUGCGGGUACUUCGACGUGCCGCUCGACUGGGCGGACGAGAGCGUCGGCACGGCGCACAUCGCUGUCGUCAAGUAUCCUGCCGCCGACAAGGAGAAGAAGGGAUCCGUGUUUUUCAACCCAGGUGGACCGGGUGGUUCUGGCGUCGAGUUUCUCAUCAGCGCCGCCGAGUCGACCCUCAUCCCAUUCAUCGGUACCGGCUACGACCUUGUGAGCUGGGACCCACGCGGCACCACCUACUCCACGCCCGGCGUCAUCUCGUGCUUCAAGACCACGAAGGAGUACAACGAGAUCUACAACGGCAGCCUGAUCCAGGACUUCAGCGUCGACCCGACCAAUGCGCUUCUGCACGCGAAGGACGUCGACGCGUUUUACGCCCGCAUGGACGAGACGGACAAGAGGUUCAAGCAGUAUGGUGACCUUUGCGUGAAGAACGUCGGCGACGUGCUCAAGUACGUUGGCACCGUGGCCACUGUGCGCGAUAUGGUCGCCAUCGCGGACUACUUGGAGCCAGACAGCAAGGAGAUCAACUAUUACGGCGCGUCCUAUGGCACGAUCAUUGGUGCCACCUUCGUCAACAUGUUCCCUGAUCGCGUCGGCCGUGUCGUUAUAGACGGUGUCGUGGACCCCCAGUUGUACGCUGGUGCUCCCGGAUACGAGACCAUGACCGCCUCUGUCGAGUCUCGCGAUGCCGCCCUUGCAGGCUUCGCCAAAGAGUGCGCGAAGGCUGGCAAGCGCUGCGACAUGUGGCUCAGGGAGACCGAUACGGGUGACGACAUCCUCGACCGCAUCUACAAGAUGCUGAAGGUCCUGUACAAGUACGACCAGGCUGGCGACCCGCUCGGAGGUAUCACUCCCAGCAGCAUCACGCGCUACAUUCUGCAGGCCUUGUACAAGCCGACGACUUGGUCGGACCUGGCGAGCCAGCUGCGGGCUGUCUACGACGUUACGCAAGGCAACGGGGAUGCCAGCGCUGCCCGCCGCUUCGUGAAGCGCGCCGACGACGACAGCGACGACGAGCAACUGCCCGCGGACACGGGCGACAACUUGCAGGCCAUCAGCUGUGGCGACUCAAUCGACGCGGGCAACGCGACCAUCCAGAACACGUUCGACGAGAUCUUGUUCGUGACGCGCAAUGUCUCGCCCCUCUUUGGGCCGUCGUUCUCAUCGCAAGGCACUAACUGCUACGCCUGGCCUGUACGCGCGGUUGAGCGGUACUCUGGCCCGUGGAACAACAAGCUCAGCAACCCGAUUUUGGUCAUCGGCAACCAGGCCGAUCCGGUUACGCCUUUCAAGAACGCUAAGCAGAUCGCCGACCAGCUCGGUGACAGUGCUGUCCUCAUCGAGCAGAGCGGCUACGGGCACGCAUCCAUCGCUGAGUUCUCCGAGUGCACGACUGCGAUCCUGCAGGACUACUACGACUCUGGAAAGACCCCGGGCAACGACUCGACGUACUGCUUCGUCGAGGAGGACAACAAGAUCCUCUUCCCCGCCUCGGGCGGCUCCUCAAACUCGUCCAGCGGUGACUCCAGCGACCCCAUCGCAGACAGCAGCGUCGACGCCAACGACACCGACGAGGACUUUGACAACAGCCUCUUGAGCGCCGUCAGCGACUCCGACUCUGACGAAGAGGACGUCGACGAUCUGAAGAAGGCGAAGCAGACGCUCAUGAUCACGACGAUCGUCUUCGGCGCACUGUCCGCGUUCCUCGGCAGCGCGCUCUGCUGGUCCAUCAUCCGCAACUACCGCGAGCGACGCAAGUACUCGCGCGUUCAGGCGACGGACGCCAUGGAGCCCGCAUGGGCCGCGCACCAGCCCGCCUUCGUCGACCCAUACGACUCGUCCGUCAACCAGCCCAUGCAUACGGAGAAGGCAACGCGCGAGUUAUAAACCCAAUCCUUAACCAUGGUUUACAAGAUCCUCCUCGCGCUUGUAGUGACCAUCCUGGUCUUUCCCGUCCUGUUCCUGUCCAUCCUACUGCUAUCGCUUUGUGUUAUUUAUGCUCUGGACUAACUAUUCCAGACUUGCCUGUCGUUGUAGCCGGACUUUGCACUACUACCAUCUAUCUAUUCUACACGACCCGGCUCUAACUUACUUGCCUGUAUCUCUAGCACCCACGCUCGUUAUGACCAUCAUCGUGCAAUCAGUUCACGAGAUACUCCACUUGACCUUGUAGUGAUCAGAGAACUACAUCUCAG